GGGGGGGGGAGGAGGAGGACAGGUGCGCAGAGUAAAGUUGACUCCGGUCUGCUCGGAUCGGUGAGCUGCCACCGACACCACGGAGACACCCGGCUUCUCUCCCCAAACUACUUUUUCGGAAGGAGCCCCAACGUGGAUUAAUACACCCCCACGCGCCGGAUCCGUCCUGCCCUGUGAUACCGGUGCGUCGCAACGGGUGGUGUGGAGGAAGCGGCUGUUGUUUCCGAAGUGCACGUCGGCCGUGAACUGAGGAGUGGGGGGUGGGCCGUGGGGGGGUGUGUGUGUGCGCGCGCGAUCGAGACGCCCCGGCACCAGAACCAACACUCCCCUGCCUCAAUGCGACACUGACGCAGCUGAUCGCUCGUCACCAGACAGGUGAUGCUCGAGUGGAAUCGAAUGGAAGCAUCGGUCAUCGACGGAGGGGGUUCGAUUUGAAAGAAGAAAAGAAACAAGAGAAGAGAAUAGAUCAUAUUUGUUUGGAAUCGAUGGAAUACAACGCGAGAAACCCGCCUCAACUUCUUUAAUCUGCGACGAUGUCCCCGUGCGUCACUGCGUCCUAGGUUUCAGGAGCGAGAAGGGGAGUCUUGCGUGUUGAAAGGACGAUCGUUCCUUGGACAUCACCCCCCCCCCCCCCACCCUACACCCAGGGUUUCACGAGCGCGAGCGAAAACAUGUCCAAGACGCUGAAAAAGAAGAAGCACUGGUCCUCCAAAGUGCAGGAGUGCACCCUGUCGUGGGGGGCUUCCGGGGAGCUGGUCGCCGUGGUGGAGGUGAGCGGCGGCGCGGAGCUGGGAGAGUUCCCCCACCUCGGACACGUAGUAUCGGAGGCGAUGGUGUGUCACGUCGGGAGGUUCCCGUGCAGCGGGGACGUGCUGCUGGAGGUGAACGGCACCCCGGUGAGCGGACUCACCAACCGUGACACGCUGGCGGUCAUCCGCCACUUUCGGGAGCCCAUCCGCCUGAAGACCGUGAAGCCAGGUAAGGUGUUGAACACCGAUUUGCGUCACUACCUCAGCCUGCAGUUUCAGAAGGGCUCCCUGGACCACAAGCUCCAGCAGGUGAUCAGGGACAACCUGUACCUGCGCACCAUUCCCUGUACCACUCGGCAGCCCAGAGAAGGGGAGGUUCCGGGAGUGGACUACAAUUUCAUCAGCGUGGGGGAGUUCCGUGACCUGGAGGAAAGCGGGCUGUUGCUGGAGAGUGGCACCUAUGAUGGCAACUACUACGGGACCCCUAAGCCCCCCGCGGAGCCCAGCCCCGUGCAGCCGGACUUGGUGGACCAAGUCCUGUUUGACGAGGAGUUCGACUCCGAGGUGCAGCGAAAACGCACCACCUCAGUCAGUAAGAUGGACAGAAAGGACAGCGUCGCACCCGAGGAAGAGGAGGAAGACGAGAGGCCUCCAAUGUCGAACGGCUUGGCUGAGCACAAGGACCAGGCGGAGUGGAGGAAGACGGUGCCCAGCUACAACCAGUCGGCCGCGGCCAUGGAUAUGCGCGUUUGGACCACGCCGGACGAAGGUCAGGAGUCUUUGCCGAAGAAGUGGGAGAUGGCCUACACGGAGACGGGCAUGGUUUAUUUCAUAGAUCACAACAGCAAGACCACAACCUGGCUGGACCCCCGCCUCGCCAAGAAGGCCAAGCCUCCCGAGAAAUGCGUGGAAGGAGAGCUGCCCUACGGCUGGGAGAAGAUCGUGGACCCGCAGUUCGGCACCUACUACGUAGACCACAUCAACCAGAAGACCCAGUUUGAGAAUCCAGUGCAGGAAGCGAAGAAGAAUUUGAGCGUUGAGGUGCCCGCCGCAGUGCUGCUGCCACCAGCCACACCCUCAGCAGAGGAGCCCAGCAGGGGGGCCCGGGUCUUCACGCGGGAUCCUUCCCAGCUGCAGGGCUCCAUCCUGCAGGCGGCGCUCAGAAAGAGCUCCCAGGGCUUCGGGUUCACCAUCAUCGGAGGGGACCGACCCGACGAAUUCCUUCAGGUGAAAAACGUCCUUCCCGAUGGGCCCGCCGCGCAUGACAACAAGAUCGCCUCAGGCGACGUGAUCGUGGACAUCAACGGGGCGUGUGUGCUGGGGAAGACUCACGCUGAUGUGGUGAAAAUGUUCCAGUCCAUCCCCAUCAACCAGUACGUGGACAUGGUCCUUUGCCGGGGCUACCCCCUGCCCGAGGACUCCAGCAGCACCGAGGAGUCCUCGGGAGGCCUCCCCACCUCCAAGGACACUUCCCCGUCCCCCUCAGCCUCCACACAACAGGACCUCCACCAGACAGAUGGAGGAACCCUCUCCAGGCAGACUGCCGCAGUACCACCCAUGACCAAUGGUGGUCGCCACCACCACCACCACCACCACCACCUUCACCAACAGCACCUUCCUCCCGUCCUCAACCAAGAGGGCCCCGACCCCACCCUGUUGCAGCCAGAGCUGGUGAGCGUGCCCUUGGUAAAAGGCCCGGGGGGGUUCGGCUUCGCCAUCGCGGAUUGCCCCCUGGGCCAGAAGGUGAAGAUGAUCCUGGACGCCCAGUGGUGCCGCGGCCUGCUGAAGGGCGACGUCAUCAAGGAGAUCAACCGGCAGAAUGUCCAGACGCUGAGCCACUCCCAGGUGGUGGACAUCCUCAAAGACCUCCCCGUGGGCAGCGAGGUCAACGUGCUGGUGCUGAGGGGAGGUCACACAUCUCCUGUGAAAUCACUAAAACCAUGCACCGCUCCCAUGUCCCAAGCAUUGUCCCAGCCGACUCCCCAACACGCCGCCCAGCCGAUGCCCCCCCCGUGCUCCCAGCCCGCCGCCCAGCCGCUGCAGCCGGACGCACUCGGCAGCAUGGAGGCCCUCGGGCCCUCUGAGCUGGUCCCCAACCCGCUCCCUUUCCCUGGCAACACGCUACGCGUGUCUUCACCCAAACCGGACGCAUCUGAGCUCUACAUCAGGUCCAAGGCCUUGCUCGACAGCAGACCUCCCAACACCAAGGACCUGGAUGUGUUCAUCAAACGAAACCAGGAGUCGGGAUUCGGCUUCAGGGUCCUCGGGGGCGAGGGGCCGGAUCAGCCGGUGUACAUCGGCGCCAUCGUGCCGCUCGGCGCGGCCGAGAAGGACGGGCGCCUGCGGGCGGGGGACGAGCUGCUCUGCAUCGACGGCGUGCCGGUCAAGGGCAAAUCCCACAAGCAGGUGCUCGAGCUGAUGACCAACGCUGCCCGCAACGGCCAAGUCAUGCUCACGGUCCGCAGGAAACAGUCGGAUGGGGAAGAAGAGGAGAGCGCUCCGCAGCCCCUGCAAGUGGCAGCCGCCCUGGUCAACAGCUCUCCCAAGGUGCCGCGCGCCGAGGUCCCGGACGCCGUCCCGCCCGUCGUCCCCUCCUCUCGGCCGGAGGUGUUCGACGUCACUCUGCAGCGCAAAGACAACGAGGGCUUCGGCUUUGUCAUCCUGACGUCAAAGAACAAGCCCCCGCCCGGAGUCAUACCUCACAAGAUUGGCCGUAUUAUCGAGGGCAGCCCCACCGACCGCAUAGGUCAGAUGAAAGUGGGAGACCGUAUCUCCGCUGUCAACGGUCUGUCCAUCAUGGAGCUGUCGCACAACGAUAUCGUCCAGCUCAUCAAAGACGCCGGCAACAGCGUCACCCUCACUGUGGUGCCGGAGGAUGACAGUGCUCCUCCGUCUGGGACAAAUUCGGCCAAACAGAGCCCUUCGGCACAACACAGAGCUAUGGGCCAGCAGCCUCCCAGCUAUCCAGACAGAAACGGUGAUACUGAGGUGAGGAACUCUUUCCCGCCAAGCGAGAUGGGAACCUUCAUCAUGUCAGGCUCCAAGCAGGGCUGCUUUGUAGUGGAGCUGGACCGCAGUCAGAGAGGCUUCGGCUUCAGUCUGAGAGGAGGGAAGGAGUAUAACAUGGGCCUGUUCAUCCUGCGACUGGCUGAGGACGGACCUGCUCUCAGAGACGGCAGGAUACAUGUUGGAGAUCAGAUCGUGGAGAUCAACGGCGAGGCCACGCAGGGCAUCACGCACACUCGGGCAAUCGAGCUGAUCCAAGCAGGAGGCAGCAAAGUGCAUCUGCUGCUUCGACCUGGCCAGGGCUUGGUCCCCGAUCACAGUUCGAAGGACAAAGUUACUAUUCCAAGCUCAAGCUAUCCCAGACUUUCCGAAUCUGACGGGCGCUCAUCUCCCGUCUCUCCGGCCUCUGUCUUUCUCUCUACCUCGGAACCGUCCCCAUCUUCACCCAAAUCUGCCCCCGUCCUCGAUGAGUUCUCCGCGGCGGAUCACAGGGCGCCCGGGUCUCCUGGCGCUGGGCGGGAGCACGGUAGGCAGGCGAACAGAUCGAGAGGACAAAAGCUCCCCGAGCACAACCACAAGCAAACCACCGACCCCAGCAGCGAGGUGGCUAGUCCCAAGAGAGGCCCUGAAGGCCAGGUAGAUCCCAAAGAGCGCUCGGAGAGCCCCCGAAAAACUGAGCGAGGCCACGGCAGAUCCCUGGAGGAUGUAAGGAAGGACCGAAAAGUCCAAGGGCAGCGAGAACACCGCUCCUCCAGCCCCAGAAAGAGAGAACACGAGCCCGCUGCUGGGGAGCCCCGGAGCCCCCGGCGUCCAGCUGGCCAACAGCCCAGGAUUGCUCCUGGAGAAGGGAAGGACUGGGGGUCCAAGGGGGAGGAUGGCGCCCGCAGGCACGAGAGGGCGGCCGCGGAGGGUGGAGACAAAGGUUUUGGGACCAGUGAUCGCCACAAGAGGAGCAAAAGAGCCGAGCUAGAGGCGGCGGCGGCACACAAAUCCUAUUCUCAAAUGCCCAGGGAGCGGGUCGCGUUGGAUGGCGAUGGUGGUACCCUAAACCGGAAGAGCAGAAGAGAGAAGGGGGACAAGGAUGCUCGGGAAAGCAAGCGGCACGGGCCAACGGAAGAAGAAGAAGAAGAUGGAAAGGAUCCGAGGGGGUCAAGCAGUAGCCUCCAGGACCCCAGCUGCAACGGGACCACCACCAGCAGCAGCAAGAAGUCUCCCAUCACCCCCGGCCCGUGGAAAGUUCCCAGUUCUGCCAAAAUCCAGUCCCAAGUGGACAAAACGUACGCAGACGUCUGACCGUCCUCGCUGCGACUCACUGUGUUUAUGAAGAAAAAGCUGAGCCCCCGAAAGAUGGACAUCCAGAACGGAGGGAUUCUCUUUUCUUUGACAAGGCAGCGUAGCUUCCCAUUGCUUAUAUAUAUUUUUGUCACACAGUUUGCCUCGGCCGGUCAGUUUGCCUCAAAAUGCUGGUGUCAGAUCUGACAUGCAUGCUUGCACCUGCCUGAGUCUUUGUACAGUGCGCAGACAUGCGGGGGAACGGGUCAAGCUCCGUGUGGGACUUUUGGACGCAUCGCCGAAGUCUAUUUUUGUGCCAAUCAGAGACUCUGGUUAAAAAGAAGAUCACUGUGAGACCGUUUGUGGGCUAUGAGAGGAACCGCUCUCGCUCUCUACCCGCCUCGCCUGAAGGAUGCGGCUUUUCUUGUUUUGUUUUUGAAGGUUUUAAGACCUAGUCAUGCAGUGACUUGGCUUUUCUCCACGGCACCGUAGCUGUCACCGUUGGAUGUAGUAGAGACGGUUCAGUUUCUCUUCAAAUCGGCUGCCGAGGUGUUCCGAGAGGCCGACUUGAGUUGUGAACGGGUUUGAGCGACUCUCUUCCUGCACACGGCGACACUCUAUGACCUCCAUCAGCUUCCCAGACGACCCCUGAGCUUUACACGCAUCAAUCAGCAGACCGGAUACUUGUGGGUAUAGUUCCAAUGUUUGUUACAUGUGUGUUCGUAAUAAAGCAUAGUGUAAUUUAUUGAAAUGAUAUGGAAACAAAAACAAUUACGGCACAUAUCCAGGCUGAGUCAUUUCACUUUUGAUGUGGACUUAUUGAUAGAAAUAGAAUGUGUAGAUAGGCAUCAUUGUCUAAAAAUAAUCUUAUACAAUCUAUACAUUCUACUUCUAAGAUAUAACGGUGUAAAUGGUCACACAAGACUGAUUCAUAAUGUUGUCUACUGUCAGCAGCACUGUAUUUUAGGUCCCAUGGCAAUGUGCAUAGGUAUACAUAGGUGUACAAGCAGACUGGUAGACCUGUGUAUUUUAGGUAGCGCUGUAGCAUCGACUAUACUUAAUCAGAAAAAUAUAUUCUUUCACAAAACGAUUUCACCUAUUGACACAUCAUUUAGAUGAAUUAACGGAGCUUGAUUGAAGGUGGCAAGUCUGCCUUCAACUUAUAAGAGAUAUUUUCGUCAUCACAAAUAUAGGCACAAACAAUAUUGUUCCUCCUAGCCUCUAAAUCUAUUUUUGCUUAUUUUUAUGUAGUAUAUGAACCAAUGUAAUGUGAGAGGGGUGGGGGGGGGGUAUGUAAAUGUUUGUUUAACUGUUCAUUGUGGCUGUCAUGUUUGUGUUUUAAUCCAAACUCCCUCUGAAUGCAGUUAAUUUUCCACACAGUGAGAGAAAGUCUUCCCCAACAUGUUGGUUGCAAGCACAGUGUAAAAAUGGCUCAACUGCUGUUUGAAAAUAUACACUAUGGAGUUUAUUCAAUUAAAUUGAAUGGGGAUUGAAAGCAAAUUCAUAGAUACAUUACAUUUAUAAUUUAUUUGGAUCAGCUGUGCACUCUGAAGACCAAAUUCGUGUUGUUUAAAUGUCACUAGCGUGGAGUACAGAGACACCUAGUGGGUCAUAAAGUCCUGUUCUUAAACUCUUCCUCAGCCUGUAACACAUGCAUCUCUCGGUCUGUGAGACCACUUACUAAUUUAUUGUCCACUUAAUUGUUGACAUGAUGGGCUACUGUUUACUGUCUUCUAUUUACUGUUCAUGACAUUACCAUGUAUGAUACUGUGGCCUUGCAUUGCUCAUAUAUAUAUAUAUAUAUAUAUAUAUAUAUAUAUAUAUAUAUAUAUAUAUAUAUAUAUAUAUUACGAGUGUUUUAGUUUUGACAUCAUGGUAGUUGUAAAUGUUUAUAAAUUGUACAGCACCUGUAAAAAUAUUUGCAUUCAUGCUGAAAAAAAAUCCCCUGUAAAUUGUUUCAUUAUUUUUUUAAUUAAGGGAGCUGAGAGUAAAAUAUAUAAAAUGGGUGAAAAGUAAUAAUGUGGUCAUGGCAUUCUAUUCAUGCACUGAUAAAUAAAGGUUUACUGAAUACACACGACUGCAGUUUUUUUUCAAUUGAUUUAAGGGAUAAUUUUGUACUGAAGACACGACUUUU